AUGGCCAUGACAUUAUUUUGAAAAGUCCAAUAUUGGUGCGCAAUUGCUGAUGCACAAGCAAAACAAGCCUAAGGUUUGUUUCGUUUUCUGUAUUGAUGCUAAACCGCACCGGUUUUUUCAAGGUACUCCUAGCUGCCAUCCUAUUUUUCACAUUUAUUGUUUAUGUGAUUCAGACGUUAAAUCCAAAUCUGCGGAGACAUCAAGAGGUUACAAAAUUAAGAAUAGAUAUUCAUUACAAUUCAAAAAAUCUAGUAAUUCGGAAGAAAAAGACGAAGAAAAUAAAAGAGAGAUCUACUUUCUCUGUGAGAAAAUCGCCAAAAGCUAUCACUGACAGCUUACUAGAGAAAAAACAAAGUAUUGUUAAAGAUUUUACGGCUAGUACUACAUUCGAGAUGCCUUUUGACUUGGAUACAGUUAACACUUCAUUUAUCAAAUGUUUUGAAGAAAGUUUGGAUUUAGAAGCUUAUAACAAAGGUUACAACGAACUGUAUAACUUCUUUAGCAUGUUGGGGACAGUGUUCAACUUCAUCGCUGCUGAUGUUCGAGAGAAGAUAGAUAUAUUAGAAAAUUAUCGGACUGGAGAUAGUCCAAAUAAAGAACAUUACGUAAAAACCGAAGACAUGAUGCUAUACGAAAUCGAUGUUAACAAAGAAACUGGUGCUGCGUUGCAUGGCUCGCGAACUUUGUUGAGAUUGCAUCGUGCUUUGAAGUUCACUAUGCUUUUUCUGGAGAGAUUGGUUGAAAUGGAAGAUAAGGGAAAAGUUUCUGACAUGGCUUAUGAAGUAUAUUCAGAGAGUUUGUCCAAUUACCACUCUUGGUUGGUGCGUAAUGGGGCGAAACUUGCGAUGUACGCUCUACCGUGUAAACGCGACUUCAUGAAGAAGAUCGUACCGCCAGGGGAGGAGGAGAGUGUUGUGGCGGAUAAAAUUAGACAUGGUGUGAAAUCGCUUCAUAAUGUAUACGAAAGUAUGGAAGCGUUAUAUACCAAGCAUGAUUUGCACAGUUUGCCAUAGUCUUCUUAAAUUAAAUUUUGCGUUUUUGAAGUUUACGGAGAAAUUUUCCAAAAACUUAUUUGACCCGUGGUUGAAAUUUUUAUUUUGUAUCUUUGCAGCACGACUCUGUUUCGUUUUAUAUUCACUUUAUUUAAUUAAUCCCUGUUAAAAAUAGAACAGUGAAAAUUCGUGAUUAUCAGAUAUAAAGCGUUGAAUAAUUUUUGGCUUAGCAUUCAUGUCUCUAACCAUGUUUGAAAUUUCACUUAAAUGUGUUGAAUGUUUAGUUUUUAUAAAAUAAUAGUUAGGUUUUUUUAAUUAUUAUAAUGUUAGUUUUAUUGUAAAAUUCAUGUCUUCGUAUGCUAUACAGAGCUUUUCAACACGUGAUUGAGCUGACAUUCAUAAAGUCGCCUAUACUUCACGAUGUUUGUAGCAACCUUGAUGAAUAUAACUCAUUACUUUUCCA